AUGGCUUUCUACAACCUUCCGUCCAACGAUAUCCACGAAGAGAUACACAGGUGGAUAAGCGAGAGGUUCUGCAGAUUGGAAGCUGGCGCAGACUCUACCGGCAAGAUCGAGCUGCGAGGGAUCUGGCGGAUCGGCGAGCACGCACUCGUGAGCAACGCAGACGCGCGCAGCAUCAACUUGGCGGGUUUGGGUAUCAUGGCUGUCGACCUGGAAGGGCUGGAGGCCAAAAGAGAGUAUCGUGGAUACGAGCGGAGUGAGGGUACAAUGGGAAUCCCUUGGCGCAACGCUCUCGUAAUCACCCAGAUUCUCCGGCUGAGCCUUGCAUACAACCUAGAUCAGUGCCGUGUCUAA